AUGCCCCGCGACGCAAAGAGGGAUAUCGAGGAAGGCACGCAGAUGUAUCGCCCGGGAGGAUUUCAUCCAGUGUACAUCGGCGAUGUGUUCAAGGACCGGUAUAAAGUCCUCAACAAAAUUGGAUACGGUAUCUAUUCGACAGUCUGGCUGAUAAGGGAUCUAAAGCCGACACAGUCUGGCCUUAAAAAUAAGUUCCGAGCUCUCAAAGUGCUCAGUGCCGAAUGCUACGAUGGCACUGAAUCUCCCAUCUUUGAGAGAGAGAUCUUGACCCAUCUCCGAGAUGGAGACCGAGACCAGUUAGGCUAUGACCACGUCUGUCGUCUACUUGAUGACUUCGAGUAUUGUGGGCCUAAUGGAACUCACGUCUGCCUUGUCUUUGAACUAAUGGGUGAAACGUUGCGGAGCUUCGGCGCCUGGUUUGCUGAAAGUAGACUUCCGAACUUAGUGAUGCGGAGGUUCACCAUCCAACUCUUGCUGGUUCUCGAUUUUGCUCACGAACAUAAUGUCAUUCAUACUGAUAUCAAACCAGAUAACAUUUUCGUCAAGUUCAGGGACUAUUCCUUGAUAGAAUCCGGUUACCUAGCCAAUGUUGCGAUUCCCCAACAGGAUCGAUCCGAGGGACAGUACUCUGUCGUGCCCUCAACGCCUUUACGCCGCUACUACUUCAAUGAAGCCGAAAGUAGACGCAUUACUGAGUUCGACAUUGCUCUGGGAGACUGGGGCGUCUCCAGCUGGGCGGACCGACAUCUAAGCAAUGUGAUUCAGCCCGUUGCCCUCCGAUCGCCCGAGGUCCUGAUCCAGGCGCCGUGGGACGCGAGCGCCGACUUCUGGAAUCUGGGGGCCGCCAUACUCGAAAUCUUUCAGGCGGUUCGCAUGUUUAGCGGAUCGGUCCCACCGGACGGCCAUUACGAGCUCAAGGAGCAUCUGGCGGAGAGAGGGAAUCAGAACCUUGUUCGGAACCUCUUUGAUGACGAUGGCCGGAUCAAGGACGCGCCGCCAAUGAAUCGGUCGGGAUUGGCGUCGGAAGCCUUCAUGCCAGGCCUCGACAAAGAGGCUAGAGAUGAGUUUGCCUCCUUUCUGCACGCGAUAAUGAAGAUAAGUCCCGCUGAUCGGAUUUCGGCAGAGGACCUCUUACGCCAUCCCUGGUUAGAUGCACUUUAG